UCACGCAGGCUUUCGAGUUCAGAGUGGGAGUUGAGUGAAGUUGUGUCUUAAAGUCAUCAGUCUCCUCUUUAUAUUGGUGACGGGAAGGUAUUUAUCCUUGUGACUGCGAACGAUCCCUGUCACCACUCCCGUAAAUAUUAACUGAUGAAGUAGUCAGUAUGGCUGUGAUUGGUAAUUUCUAUGUAGUGUUAUUGAACAAAAUGGAGUGAGUUAACGUUUUACGGGGUAUUCAAGAAUAGUGAAGAAUCAGAAUACAAAGAAAAUAGCCCUACUAAUUAGGCUGUAUUUGAGCUGCUAUAUACACUGCGAACGGUGAAGCUUCACACUUUUCAUUAUUUUAUAAAUGUGUGAUGCGGGAAUCCUAGACAGACACGGAUAUAAGGAAUAACCUAUAAAAGUCUAAUGCCAACAUAUUAAAGUUAAUUUCAGAUUCUUCGAAUCCUUCAAGAUGAGCCUGCGAGGCAGCAAGUGCGAUUCCCAAGACUCUGUCAGCGAUGACGAGUUCUACGACACCGUCGAUAACCUGGCCCACCAGGGCGGUGGUCGCGGCAAGGCACUGCACAGGGGAGGCUCGCAGGACAGCGACCACGACGACCAGGUGUUUUUGGAAAAUGCCAAUUACAGAAACGGCGAAGUGGAUGCGUUCAUGGAAACGUCGACGCCGAAGGAGGAUAGGAAGAAGAUGAACAAGAAGGAAUCGGUGUUAAAAUGGACCAUGGUAGCUAGAGAGAUAAUGGGGGCGUCACAAGAUGAAGAAGAUUCCAGCAGGCGGCUUUCCAGUUCCAGCAGUUCCAGCUCGGAGAGGAGAAUCUCGGGUUCCUCCAUGUUAGAAGAUAUUGCUCAUGGAAACCUGGCUAGUUGGGACCCCGAGACCUGCGUGAUGCUACUGAAGAUGCCAAGUGUUUCUAAUUAUUCUGGGCUGAAGAAACUGAUGGAAGUGGCCAGUAAUGAGUGGAUGGAGGACUUCUUGAAUCUCGACGGGCUCGGCGUGCUGUUCGAGUCGUUAGAGAGAUUGAGUGAUCGAGGCUUUAGCUCCAUCGCAGAUGCCAUAUUGCAGCUGGAAUGUGUCCUCUGCAUCAAGGCCGUUAUGAAUUCCAAGUUUGGCCUGGAAUAUAUUGUCAAUAACGACGAUUACACCCGAAAACUUGCCAAAUCUUUAGAUUCAAAGAACAUGUUGGUCAAGAAGCAAGUGUUUGAGUUGCUGUCGGCAUUGUGUGUGUACUCUGAGAAGGGACAUUUGCUUGCUCUUGAUUCCCUAAACAACUACAGGGUUGCUAAAAGUCAGCGCUAUCGCUUUUUGCUUGUUGUUGACGAGUUGCGUUCUGCAGAAGUGGUGGAUUACCAAGCUACCCUUGUUGCCUUUGUGAAUUGCAUUAUCAUAGGUGCAGACAAUCUUCAGGUACGAAAUGCCAUCAGAAAUGAGUUUAUAGGAUUAGAUCUCUUGAAAGUCCUGGAGAGACUGAAAGCAACUGAGAAUGAACAGUUGUCUAUUCAGCUAUGCGUAUUUGAAGACACAUAUCACGAUGACUUAGAGCACCUUUAUGGCCCAGAUGAACAUCUUAAUCUCAAUCAUCAUGAGGCUUUUAAUACAUUGUUUACCAAGAUUCGUGAUACUCCACAGUCAUUGCAGUUAUUAGGAUUAAUACAUAAUCUUACCCAGCUUGACCCCCAAAAACCUGAAAGUGAUGCAGUUUGGGCUUUGUUAGACCGAGUGGCCAUUAGAGCCUUAGAAGGUACCUUGACGACUAUCUGGGCGGACAGCAUAGCUCCAUCGCAAGAAAACUUCCGAAGUGUUGCAACUCAAACAGUUCACCGUAAUUUGGCCAGACAAGGAUCUCUAAAGAGGACAAGUGAUCUUGAAAGAACUUCUCUCGGUGCUAAACUUACUUCUGAUGUGUGCAUGGAAACUGAUAGUGCUAUGAAAAGUGUGGCAGUGUUAUCUUCCAAUCCAAGUUGCUGUGAAAUGAUUGAUAAGGAAGCAGAUGGUUCUCAUAUAUCACAUUCACCCUCUCCUUUACCAAGCACUAGUAUUCCACCACCUCCACCUCCUCCUCCUCCUCCAUUGCCAGGUUUUGGCAUUCCACCACCUCCACCACUACCUGGUUUUGGGGUUCCACCACCACCACCUCCUCCUCCUCCACCCCCUCCUCCUCUUCCAGGCUUUGCAGUCCCUUCCCCUCCCCCUCUUCCUCCCUCUGGCUUUGUUCCCCCACCCCCACCUCUUCCUGGGUCAGGAGGUCCUCCUCCUCCACCUCCUCCCCCUCCUCCGACUGGCUUUAGAGUCCCUCCACCUCCACCACCUCCUGGGUUUGGAGUUCCUCCACCACCACCACCUCCUAUGCCUGGAGGUGGUGGUCCUCCUCCUCCACCUCCCCCUGGCAUGGGGAUGCACAUGCCACUAAUUACAGCAACUUCUGUUCCUAUGUAUGGGGCUUCCAGCAAUGUUCCAUUAUUUUAUAACACCUUACCUCGUCCACGUUCUAAGAUGAAACACCUUAACUGGGCGAAAGUUGGUAACAAUACCAUUACAAAUUCUCUCUGGCAGAAUGUCCAUAAAGAUUUGGUAGAAUCUCCACCAAAACCUCUAAAUUAUGAACAAAUUGAAGUAUUGUUUUGCCAAGGAACCAAAACUGCCCCAACAAAAGUGGCCAAGAAACAAUCUAAUGAAAUUACACUUUUAGACCCUAAAAAAUCUCUCAAUGUUAAUAUAUUUUUGAAACAGUUCAAGACCUCUCAUGAAGAAACUAUAGCUCUCAUCAGAGAAUGCAAGAGUAAGGAUAUUGGUACAGAGAGACUUCGAGGGUUCCUCAGGAUAGUACCUGAUGAUGAAGAUGUUGCAGUAAUAAGGGACUUCAGCGGUGAAGAAGAAAAACUGGGAAAUGCAGAAAAAUUUUAUAGAUUACUUAUUAAGGUCCCAAGCUUCAAAGUGUGUAUUGAAGGUAUGAUACAGAUGGAAGAAUUAGGUCCAACAGCAGAAAGUCUCAAACCACAGCUUCAGUUAUUGUUAACUAUCUCAGACAAGAUUCUUCACAGUGAAAGUAUUCAAGAUUUCUUCGCUUAUGUUCUUACUCUUGGGAACUUCAUUAAUAUGGGCAGCUAUGCGGGAAAUGCCUUGGGCUUCAAACUCAAUACUUUGUCGAAACUAUGGGAAACAAGAGCCAACAAGCCAGGAAUGACUCUUCUCCAUUAUGUCGUUCAAACUUCACAAGAAGAAAAUACAGAAUUACUGAAAUUUGAAGAGGAGCUUGAAGACAUAUCCAAAGCAUCAAGAUUGUCUGUUGAGGGCUUGAUUGGAGAAGUUGGAACUCUAAGAAGUGAUCUCAGUGUACUAAGUAAAAAUCUUGAAAAAGCUCCUAAGGAUGUGAUAAAUCACUUCAAAGAUUUUACUUCAAAAGCUGAAGAAAUGGUCAAAGACUUGGAAAAAAGCUUAGAAGAAGUUGAGCGAUCAAGAGUAAAACUUUCUCAGUAUUUUUGUGAAGAUGAAGCCAAGUUUCGGAUAGAAGACUGUAUCGGAAUUUUCCAUACUCUUUGCUCCAAAAUAGAGGAAGCUAGGAAGGAUAAUGAAGUCCGGAGAAAACUAGAUGAGCGAAAGAAGCGCCUUGAGGUUGAGAAAGCGAGGCAAGAGGAAGAACGUGCAAAGGCAGUAGCAGCAGGUAUUCCUAUUAGAAAGAAAGGACAGAGUCUUCCACCACCUGAAGAUAAUGGAGGCUGUGUUGUGGAUCGGUUGUUGGCUGAUAUACGAAAAGGUGAUUUCAAGCUCAGGAAGAGGACACAGCCAAUUGCUGCUGCCACUGGUUAAAUGCUAUAGAACGGAAGGUACUUCACAGAGCUGCAGACCACUUUCAUUACUUAGUUUGUAGCCAGUUAACAACUAUAGAUACUCUAUUUUUAAAUACAUAUAUUUUAAAUGUUGCUGUUUGAUAGAUCAUAAUUUUAUUUUAAAUAGCCAAGGUAAGAUAGUGCAUUUCAUUCUGCCUUGCUUAAAUAAUCUCGUGUAUUGUGACAAUUAUAUCAGAAAAUGUAAUUUUAAAAUAAAUUCAUAUUUUUCCAA